AUGCUUCUGAAUUUGCUGCUUCUCGCAGCGUCGGUAGCACAUGCUUUCGACUGUUCGAGCCAAGCUAUACAAGAGUUCCUACCAUCUAACGUAUCUAUCAAGUCUGCCGUCUGGGUGCCUGAGAACGGUAUUUUCAAUGUACCACCAUCGAACGUCGCCUACCCAGAAUCUCCCACCGGACUACGUGCUCUCUGCGCGAUCGAGGUUCACGCUACAUCAAGUUCGAAUUCAUCUUUCAACUUCGGUCUUUUCCUGCCCAAUGGCUGGAAUCAGAGGUUUCUAGCCGUAGGCAAUGGCGGGUUUGCAGGGGGUAUCAAUUGGCUCGACAUGGGUGCUGGAGUCGGUUACGGCUUUGCUACAAUGUCGACAAAUACUGGACACAACAGCACCGCGCCCGACGUGACUUGGUCAUUGAACGCCCCGGAAUCCAAGAUUGAUUGGGGUUAUCGGGCUAUGCAUGAAUCAGUCGUCCUCUCCAAAAAAAUCAUAGCAGCAUACUACGGCUCGGCAAGCACGUACAACUACUAUUCAGGCUGCUCGACUGGAGGACGUCAAGGUCUACGCGACAUCCAACUCUAUCCAGACGAUUUCGACGGUGUCCUCGCAGGCGCACCAGCCUGGUGGACAAGCCAUCUCCAAACCUGGACUCUCAAAGUAGCCUUGUACAACCUCCCCAGAACCGCAGAACACCACAUCCCAGAAUCCCUCUUCCCAAUCAUCGAAGCCGAAGUUCUCAAACAAUGCGAUCCUCAAGACGGGGUAAAAGACAACAUCAUCUCCGACCCCGAAGGUUGCGACUUCUACCCUGAAGCACUCCUCUGCAGCAACACCACAAAUUCCUCUAGCUGUCUCACAAUCCCACAACUCGACACACUGUCCCACAUACAAAGCGACUACGUCGAAACAAACCAGACCUUCGUCUUCCCUCGCCUCUCCCUGGGCAGUGAAUCCCAAUGGUCUGUCCUCCUAGGCGAUAAAUCACCGAGCACUUACGGAUCACAAUAUAUACAGUACUUCGUCCUCAAUGAUCCGUCCUGGAAUAUUUACGAUUUCAAUUACUCGAUCGUGGAACUCGCCGAUGCAAUUCAACCGGGUAAUGCUUCUGCUACAGCAUUUGGUGCUUUGAAUGCAUUUAAAUCGAAGGGAGGAAAGGUUUUGCAUUAUCAUGGUUUGGCGGAUGGUUAUAUACCUACUGGAUCGAGCGAGGUCUUUUAUAAGCAGGUUUUAAGAGCGACUGGGAAAGAGGACUUGGGAGAGUGGUACAGAUAUUUUGAAGUUCCGGGCAUGCAACAUUGUAGUGGGACGCAGGCGGGUGUUGAUGCUCCUUGGUACUUCGCAGGCGGCAGUCAAGCUGGUAGCCUCUCCACAUCUCUUCACAGUGUUCUCGGAUUCAGCGAUCCGGAUCACGAUGCGCUUUUGGCAUUGAUGCGCUGGACCGAGAGUGGAACGGCGCCAGAGCGGCUUGUGGCUACGAAAUGGAAGAACGAUACGCUGCAGGAUUCCGUGCUGAGACAAAGGCCGGUGUGUCCGUACCCGCGGCAAGCGAAGUACGAUGGGUGGGGAGAUGUGAACAAGGCCGAGUGCUGGAAGUGUGAACUACCAUGGGGUGGAUCGACAACGCAGUGAGACGCAAGAACUUGGGUGCAAGUGGUCAGCAGGGUGGUCUAGCAUGAAGCCGGGUAUCUAAACUCCCGAGAGUGUCCACUCCGGUAAGGUAAUGCAUCUAAAAUUUCUGCCUGCCCAAUGUAGGUCGCC